CUCGAGGCCGCCGCGCAGAUGCUCGCGCGCGAAGUGGUCGAGAACGCGGCGUGGCGGCCGGCGGACCCUGCCCGCGCGUUCGCGCCGCGCGGGGCGGGGGCGGAGGUGUGGCCGGUGGACGCGGUGCGCGCGGCGCGUGCGUUGAAGGGCGUUACUGGCGUCACGGGCGAGCUUGCGGUGCGGGAUCUGUUCGAGGGCGCGGGGGAACACGCGCCGUUGGAGCAGCCACGGAUCGCGGUGGGGAAGGGCGACGCGGUCGUGCAGAUGCUUCCGAGCGCGCUGCGGUUCUGGGACAAGCUGGGUCUCACCCCGCGCGGAGGACCGAAGGAUGUGGUCGCGUUCGUGCUGUACGAGGAGCGCGAACCUGGAAGGGAGGAACAGAUGGGACGAUGGUUGGAGAUGGUUUCCCAGCUGUACUCCGGCAAGAGCUUUGGAGCGCAUCGUCCGGGAACGCACAAGAGCUGCUCCAGGGACGGCCUGUUGCCCUUCAAGUUUGACGCCAUCCGGCGCACGCUCCCGCCGCUGGUGGGAUCGAUGAACGUGGCCGACUCCUUCGUCGUCUUCUACGUCGCGGUCCCGCCCGCCUAUCACUCACUCGACUUGCCCGUCCUCCGCCACAUCUUCUCGGCGAUGAAACGCGCCGCCCGCGCCGACGGUCGCGUGCUUUUCCAGCUCGUGCCCGAGCACGCCAUCUUCGACGCCUUAGACCACCACGCCGCUAAGCGGCUCCACCUCGACGCGCUCGUGCACUCCGUUUACGACCGCAUUCAGACACCCGUUCAACGGACGAUGGCGCGCGCCAUUUUCAAAACCCGCGAUCCGUCCUGGAUCGAGAUUCCGAUCGAGGACCCCGCGUUUGCGCUGGCGCGCCCACGGAACGAGGUGGUCAAGUUCGUCCGGGACGCACCACCGCGCUCGCUAGACGUACUGGACAGGCACACUUUCCUGCACGUCGGAUACCGCCUGAGCGCAUGCGGCCGGUGGCUGCUGGCUGCGUGCGUCGACCAGCGCGGGGAGGCGCACGACGUUGGGGUGUGGCUCACUCCCGGCGAUAACGUGGAGACGCAGAUCGUGUCUCAGCUCUGGUCGUUCGCGGUCGAAUUCGGUCGGAGGGCAAACGUCGAGUGGAGGCUCGUUUUCUGCAAACUUGGGCCUCUGGGCGCCCCCGAGCUCGAUGCUUGGGUUAAUCACCUGCAGAACGUCGUACCCGCGUGCACCGAGUUGCCCAUGGUGCACGUCACCCUCCUAUGCGCGGACCUUGACUGCGGGUGGACCCUCCUUCCCGCAGAUGCGCGACGUAAGCCCAUGGCCCGGGCCAGCACGAAUGACGCCUCCGAGGGCGUCUACGUCGACGUCUCCGAGUCCACCUACUUCAUCACCCAGUCUGAGGUUACGCCUAUCCUGCCACCACCUCUGGCCGAUUCUCCGGCACUUCUCGGCGCCCAGCACGCCUUCGUCCCCGAUAGCAGUCUGGACGCAACAGGUACCGCCUCCGCAGGUCCACCUCCUUCCCCGUCCCCAUCUGCGUCACUGCUCGCAUCCGACGAGCUCGGUCUGCUACCCCUCGCCACUACCGCCCUCCUGCAGAUCUCGCCUGCCCGCACGACCAUGCUUAGCGCGCACCGCUUCUACAGUAUUGCGUCGUCUGCAUCGACGUGCACCGUUCCCGAUGCGCAAACGCACGAGGAUUCGACGCGCAACUGGUACGAGCUCUCCGUGCUUGCGCGUGCGCGACAGCAGCUCCACGCGCAUCCUGCGCUUCCGCUCCACCUCGCCGCGCUCGAGGUGAUGAGGGAGGCGUUCGAGGUCGCCGGCUCGCCUACCGAGUGACCACGCAAUAUUCCGGGUUGCCUUUAUUCGUUCUAUGCUGUCGCAGUCUGAUCUUUCCUCCUGCUUUCAUCCAUUUUGGUCUGGGCCUCUCCUAUCAUGCUGUCUGCCCCGCUUGUCGCAUUUAUCUCCUUAUCGUCUUCCACGGUCCAAAACCACACGACGGUACUCAU